AUGUUCGAUUAUCGUCGAUACCUGGAUCUCAAUAUCGUCUUCCAAGCAACAUCUUCAGAGGUUUCCUUCCCAUCGACUCGGAGUUUUUGGGUACAUCAUGGUACCCCAGGAGCCAUUCAAGAUCCUGUUCCCCGACAUGCUCUGAUUGCUAUCGCCGGAUGCUUCCAACAACGUGUGCAUAAGCAACAAGACCUACCAUUCAAUGAUGCCGUCAUUGAUCAAAACUACAAUAUUGCUAUAAGAGGAAUUCGACAGCUCAUCCUAGUCGAGGAACGCCCACUGAGUCAAUAUGAGAUCGACUGCAUCUUAACGGCGUGCAUGUGUUUUACAGCCCUCGAUUUUGUCCGAGGCAACUUUAUGGCGGUGUUACAACAUAUGAAACAUGGGAUUACAAUCAUCAACACAUGCUGUCCUUAUUCUGAUCUGGCGGGUUACUUUCGCUACAUAAGCGUUGCCCCACUGUCCAAUACACAGGCACGGCGGUUCAUCCCCCUCCUCACGAAUCUGGGGUGUCCCUAUGGUGCGUGUAACGGACAGUGCUUCCCAGGAGGAAAAUGUUCGUUCGCAAGUGUGCCAUUCACGACUUUAGGCCGAGCGCAAGAUGCAUUGUUAUUCGUUGAAUACUACUUCUUCAGAGCGAGGCGCCUUGUCGAUGAUCAUUUUGCAGCUUCUCCAGAAUCACCUGGGUGGCCAUCAUACAUCCUUCAAGAGCAGCGCAAAGCCCAAACAUACCUCAGAGAAUGGCGAGUCUUGUUUUCAAAUCUCAAAGCCAAUCCCGGAUCCAUUCCUGAGCACAAAGCCCUUGCUCUGAUUCUUGAAGUACGUUGGCUUAUCUGCAAAAUUAAUCUGAGUACGCUCCUCGAAGACGAGGCAGAGAGUGAUCCAAAGGGUGAUUUGAUGCAUCUUGUCGAAUUCGAGCGCAUUGUCAGACUUGGAGCUCAGGUCCAAUCAAGACUUUCCUCGAUGGAAUUUCGAAUGGAAUCUAAAUUGGGUGCACAUAUGGAUAUGGUAAUUCUGAGAUGUCGGUACUUGCCGAUUCGUCUGAAAGCUUUGGCUUUGGUGCGAGAUGAGCCCUCUGGCUCGGAUGUAUUGCUCAGUCCGCCUGCGAUGUACGAAAGGAUGAAGAGUAUUGUUGAGUUUGACCAUGGUCAUACCAUUAAAGAGUUGGAAACGAUGGAGAAUCCUCCCAUGCAUCCGAUUCGAAAACGCCAAUUCAAGAUCGGAUGA